GGGCAGGUACUCCUUUAACCUACAGCGUAGAAGACACAAAAUGGAGUUGGAACUACCUGGUUGAGCAAAGUGCGGUUACGUUUAAUAAAAUAUGUAACUUGUAGUAUUGUUAGCAUAGUUAGCGAAAUAGUGAAAUUUACAAGACUGAGACUCCGACGAAAAAGGAUAAAGGAUGUUUUGGACGUUAUUCAUCGCCGCCUUGAUGGCGACAGAGUCCAUCCUGGCCAUUUCAGUCCAGACCACUACAAAGAGACACAUUGUCAUCCUCUUCCAGCCAGUCACACUCACCUGUACCUACCAGACAAGUUCCACCCAGCCUCCUGUUGUUCAAUGGAAGUACAAAUCAUAUUGCAGGGACCCCAUCCAGGCUGCACUGAAUCCCAGCAGCGCAGAGAACAUCUUAUCCCAGAACAACCCCAACUAUGACCCCAACAUUGAGUGUGCCGACAGCCAGAGGACGGUGCGUAUAGUGGCCUCCAAGCAAGGCACUGCUACCACUCUCGGAAAGGAAUACCAGGGUCGCCAGAUCAGCAUCCUGAAUGAUGCUGAGUUGCACUUUGGGCAGACAGCGUGGGGUGACAGUGGUGUGUACAUCUGCUCUGUGAUCUCGCCCACGGACGUUUCAGGAAACAAUGAAGACUACACAGAGCUAAUUGUUCUUGAGAGAAAGUCAGAUACUACUGACCUCCUGCCUGAGAUUGACUUACUGGUUAUGGAAGACUGGCUCCUUGUUGUUCUGGUUGUUUUCGGCUUCCUGCUGUUGCUGCUACUGAUCGGGAUCUGCUGGUGUCAGUGCUGUCCACACACCUGCUGCUGCUACAUCAGCUGCCCCUGCUGCCCCGAACGCUGCUGCUGCCCACGAGCAUUGUACGAGGCAGGAAAAGCAGUGAAGAAAGGUGUUCCCAGUCAGUAUGCACCCACCCUUUAUGCUCCCAGUAUGUAUGCUCAGCCACCAUAUGGUGGCUCUGCGGUGAACCAGCCUGCUAUACCCCUUCUUCCCCUACCAAACGGCGUUGGCCCUGCACCACCACAAAAUGGUUACGGACGUGAAUAUGACGGUGCCAGCUCAAUCGGACAGGGCUCCCAGGUGCCACUGCUGCAUGACCAGGACACUGGAGGAGACCACACUCGGAGUGGCUACCGUAUCCAAGUGGACCCUGAAGGAAACGCAACACGUGCCAUUUACUACAUGGAGAAGGAGCUGUCAAAACUAGACCCAUCCAGACCGGCCAACUACAACCGCUUGGAUAACAUGAGUGAAGUCAGCUCUCUGCACGAUGCCUUGGACCCUCGAGGUCGGGGGGGUCGAUCCCAGCCACCACCUCUGGCUACAGUCUAUGACCAAGAUGAAGCCAUGAGCACCAUCAGCAGUGUUUCCCAGCAGGGACGCCGGCGUGAUGACUACCCACGCCGAGGCUACAUGGGGGACCGUGCACGAGCUCGCUCCAUGGACAACCUGGACGACAUCGGACGCCGCUACGGCCGAGAUGACUAUGCACCGAGACGUCCUGGUGAACCGAGAGGCAGGAGAGGUUCUGAUGACGGCUGGAGCAGCAGUGCCCGCAGUGGCUACGACCGAGACUUUGACGACCGAAGACGGCGUGACUACUCCCCUGAUGAUCGCAGGAGAGAUGACAGAGGAGGCUACGGAGGCCUUCCAGGGAGACGCAGCCGUAGCCGUGACGAUCUGAUGGACCUGGAGAGGGAUCAGCGGUUUGGUGGUGCAAGGGGUCGGCGAGAUGAUUAUGAUGACAGCUUCCUGCGAGAAGCAAUGGAGAGGAAGAAGCUUGGGGAGCAGCAGAGGUCACGAAGCCGUGAUCGGCUCGAGAGUGAGAGUGACCGCUCGGAUCGGGGUAGGGCGCCACGUGGACCUCCCCCACUUCCUCAAAACCCACCUGCUGGAUACCCUGGUCGCCGUGAUGAUUACCCACCACCUCCUCCUCCCCCGUACAGCGAUGAUGAGAGUGUGUCGUCUUCUAAGAAAAGCAACCUGCGCAAGAAUGGAGCUGUGAGUCGAGAGAGCCUGGUUGUUUAAAACCAAUCAUUACAGGAGCCGCCUGUCCAACCCUGCAGCUUUUUUUUACUAACCAUAAGACUGUAAAUACAACUAAUUCACUGAGCUAAUUUGGAUUUAUAUAGAAUUAUUUUACUGAACUUUUCAUGAUGAAUGUGUUUGAAAGCUUUUCUUACAGGGAAGAGGUGCACUGAUGAAAUGUUGCAUCUUCUCGUGUAUAAAAACAUUGUGGCUGCCACAAGUGCCUUAAAUUUGUAUAGAAUUUUGUUUUAGACGUGAAAGUUGACUAGAUUAAUGAUCAUGUCUAGAUCUUAAGUCAUAUUCACAUUAGUUUAAAGUUUCAUGUUUUUUUUUUUUUUUACUUUGUACUUUUAGUCAGCUGAUUUACUCAUGUUGUUUUGUCUGGGUCUUUAGAUUUCCUGCUUUUUAUUUGUGUAAAACAUAAUUUUUUUUAAGAAUAUAAAAAAACUAUGUACAUUUAAAUGACCUGAUUUUAACUUUGCUUUUAGGUGUGUUAGAGUGCUCAGUGUUUUUAAAAACAUAUACCCUCAGUUAAAAUUUGUGUUUGAGUAUUUUCAUUUAUUUUGGUGCCUUUUUAACACAGUUUCAGCUUUAACCAGCAUUAUGUUGUACAGCCGACCUGAUAUAUGCCCAACAUACAAAUGUUUAUUGUGAUGUGAUAAAAGUAAUU